AUGAUAGGACUUGUGGUUUAUCUGAGUUGUGAGCUGGUGCUGGAACUGCUUCCCCCGGGGCUCUGGGCUUUUCAAACAGAAGGGAAGCUAUAUCUUAUUUUGGAUUUUCUCAGGGGAGGAGACUUGUUUACACGCUUAUCCAAAGAGGUGAUGUUCACAGAAGAUGAUGUUAAAUUUUACCUAGCGGAAUUAGCGCUUGCUUUAGACCAUCUCCAUAGCCUUGGAAUAAUAUACCGGGACCUGAAACCAGAAAACAUCCUGCUUGAUGAGGAAGGACAUAUCAAAUUAACAGAUUUUGGCUUAAGUAAGGAGUCGAUUGAUCAUGAAAAAAAAGCCUACUCUUUCUGUGGGACAGUAGAAUAUAUGGCACCUGAGGUCGUUAAUCGACGAGGUCAUACACAGAGUGCAGACUGGUGGUCUUUUGGUGUUUUAAUGUUUGAAAUGCUCACUGGUACUCUACCUUUCCAAGGGAAAGACAGAAAAGAAACCAUGACUAUGAUUCUCAAGGCCAAACUUGGAAUGCCCCAGUUCUUGAGUCCCGAAGCACAAAGUCUUCUGCGAAUGCUCUUCAAAAGGAACCCAGCCAACAGAUUAGGAGCGGGUCCAGAUGGAGUAGAAGAAAUUAAGAGACAUCCAUUCUUUUCCAAAAUAGAUUGGAAUAAAUUGUACAGAAGAGAAAUUCAUCCCCCUUUUAAACCUGCAACUGGCAGACCUGAAGAUACAUUUUAUUUUGAUCCUGAAUUCACGGCAAAAACUCCAAAAGAUUCGCCUGGUAUUCCACCUAGUGCUAAUGCACAUCAACUUUUUCGCGGAUUUAGUUUUGUAGCUAUUGCAUCAGAUGAUGAAAGUCAAUCAAUGCAGACAGUUGGAGUGCAUUCAAUUGUCCAGCAGUUGCACAGGAACAGCAUUCAGUUUACUGAUGGAUAUGAAGUAAAAGAAGAUAUUGGAGUUGGAUCUUACUCUAUCUGCAAGAGAUGUAUUCACAAAGCUUCAAACAUGGAAUAUGCUGUAAAGAUCAUUGACAAGAGCAAAAGAGAUCCAACAGAAGAGAUUGAAAUCCUGUUGCGCUAUGGGCAGCACCCGAAUAUUAUUACCCUAAAAGAUGUGUAUGACGAUGGAAAAUAUGUAUAUGUAGUAACAGAACUUAUGAAAGGAGGAGAACUGCUGGAUAAGAUUCUUAGGCAAAAAUUUUUCUCAGAGAGAGAAGCUAGUGCUGUUCUGUUCACAAUAACAAAAACGGUUGAAUACCUUCAUGCACAAGGGGUUGUCCAUAGAGAUCUGAAACCCAGCAAUAUUCUUUAUGUUGAUGAAUCUGGUAAUCCAGAAUCAAUUCGAAUUUGUGAUUUUGGCUUUGCAAAACAAUUACGAGCAGAAAAUGGCCUUCUGAUGACUCCGUGUUAUACAGCAAAUUUUGUUGCACCAGAGGUUUUAAAGAGGCAAGGUUAUGAUGCUGCGUGUGACAUUUGGAGUCUUGGUGUUCUGCUUUAUACUAUGCUUACUGGCUACACUCCUUUUGCAAAUGGUCCUGAUGAUACUCCAGAGGAGAUCUUGGCCCGGAUAGGUAGUGGAAAAUUCUCUCUGAGCGGUGGUUAUUGGAACACUGUUUCAGAUACAGCUAAGGACCUUGUUUCAAAAAUGCUUCAUGUUGACCCACAUCAAAGACUGACUGCAGCCCAAGUUCUUAGCCAUCCCUGGAUAGUUCACUGUGACCAGUUGCCUCAAUACCAGCUGAACAGGCAGGAUGCUCCCCAUCUAGUGAAGGGUGCAAUGGCAGCAACUUACUCUGCUUUGAAUCGUAAUCAGUCACCAGUUUUGGAGCCAGUUGGCCGUUCUACUCUUGCUCAGAGGAGAGGUAUAAAGAAGAUUACCUCAACAGCCCUGUGAAGUGACCUCAACCAGAUAUUUGGUACCUUGGUAUAAGAUGAUAGCACAAAUCAUGGCGACAGGUAGCACAUAUCUCACAGAUACCUGCAAGCACACUCUGUCCCAGCUGGUACCUAUAAUGCUGCUGCUCCUGCUGCUGCUACUGCUUUCAUCUAUUCUCGCUUUAAACUGUUGAUGGCAAGUUACUGAUCUUACUAGAGCUUCAAAUGGAGUGAAAAGUGGAAACACAAUGAAAACAAUCAUGUCCACAAUUGAGUAAACCAGAAGAAUUACGAAUACCGCCUCUGUCAAAAAUACACUGAAUAAAGCACUCUGCACCACAUAGCAUUAUUUUUAUAAGGAAUAUUUUUGUCCCCUGAAACAUUCUUUGUUACAGGUAGAGAUGGACAGUUUGUGUUAAGCACUUAGCUUAAACUAUCUGUUUAUAUUAGCACUAUAUACUUUGUGCCAUCCAACAUUUUGUAUGUUUUUGUAAACAGUUCAUGAGCAGCACUUUGCUGUUUUCUUUAAUGUAUACAUGCCUUGUUUUACUUAGAUAUUAUUAAUCAUUUUAACAAUUAAGUCUGAUUAAACAGUUCACCUGGAUUAAUCAGUAUUGUUGGACAGCUCUAAAAGAAGCCUGACUGUUAAACAGCUAUUGAAUGUAAUACUAUGAAUAUGUAUUUCUCCUUGCCUAUGUUUUUUCUACAUUUCCAUGUUUUUGACGCUGCAUGUCACGUUAGGAAAAUCAGGAUGCUGUUUAUAGUAUUCAAAAUUCAAACAGUGCAUCUCUCACCAUACUAUAUAUACAUAGAUGAUAUAACGGAGAGAAAAGAUAACUUGUUCCGUAUUUCACUGUCCUUCCCCCCUCCUCCUCCUUUUUAUUUUCCCCCAUCUAAUUUCUGGACUCAGGAAUCAUUGCUAAAUACUUUCUCAUAGAGGACAGUUCUAUAUUGUUUAUGCUUAUAAUCCGUUGUUAAUAUUUUAGCUCUAUUCUGUGACUUUUGUUUAAGCUGCAGAGGAUUUGUUCAAUGAAUCUUGGCAUUAUAGAAAAAAGGCAGCGUUGAAGAUAAAGCAAAACAUGAUGUCCACUAAUAAGCUCAGAAAAAGUAGGUUUAAACUGCUUUUGUUACAGUUGCCAAACCAGUGGCUCCAAUGUUCUGUUGUCUUUUCUCCAUUUUUAUUUUUAUUUUUUCCUCAGACCACUUUGAUAGGCAAAAUAAAAUGAGAGGAGAAUCAUCCUGAUCUGUAUGUGCUAAGAAAGGGUCAUUAUAAUUAACUAUGAAAAACUGACCCAGUCAGAUUCGUCUAUUACCUGUAAUUGUUAAGGAAUCGGUUCUAGAAACAGCGGUAGUUAAAUUAUUGUAGAUUCUAGAAAUGUAAGCACACAGCUUUUCCUGGCAAUUAUUUUUUUUCCUUACUUGGUGCUCUAGCACUGCAGUUUCCUUCAGCUGUAUGGAUGCAUCUGCCCUUCUCAAGAAACAUCUUUGACCAGAGGCUGAAAAAUGCUAUCUUGAUUUCUAAAUUUUUUUUUUCUUUUGCUUGACAGUGUCUGCAUUUCCAGAGGUAUUUAGUAAAAACCUUCUUGCCUUUCAGAUGAUGUGUGUUCAGUUCUGUAACUGAUUGUAAGUCAGGCAUGUCACAUCAUAGAAACUACACCUUCUGGAGCUGUUUUAAAGCAAUUGUUAACCCGAAGAUUGUCAUGUGUAGCCAACAAGUGAUUUAAAAUGGGUCCUGUAGGAACGAGGGGGUGGCAGUACUUUGUAAGUGUGUCAAUAAUGACAUUUCAGCUCAGGAAGGAGUUUCUCCCAUGUUCUCAGAAUGUACAUGCAUAGGUAGCUGGUGCAGAACAGGCCGAAAGGAAGUAUUUAGAUGCUUCUCUAUUGGCAACGUCUACGUUAAAAUAAUACAAAAUUUUCACUAGUUUAAUUUCAGCAAUAUUUUGUGGCCCUUAGACUCACUGGUCACGAGCCAAGCAGUCAAGCAAUGUUGACUGCUGCAUUUUAGAUACCCACAUUCUCAUGUAAAUUGAUAAUUUAGUCUAGACCAUCUUGUAUAUAGCAGUACAAGAUGGACCUUUAAAUGCCAGUAAAACAGUUCAGUGUGUAACAGCUUGAGUGAGUUGAAGUCUAGAGUUACUGUAUUUAAAGUUAUUUUCUAAACCAAGGUGGAAAUGGCCCGUCUUCACAGAUGGCUUGACUCGUGUUUUAAGUACCUUACCUCUGGUUUUGGAGUCGUGCUCACAACUGUGAUGCUCUGUUUUGUAGCUGCAGUUAUUAGAAGCUACAAAGAAAUCCACGUAAUGCUUCUGUGAAUCCUUGCACCUUUCUUUUAGAACUUGAGCGUGUGUGACACUGUGUACAUUCAUUGCUGGACUGCUGCUUGGUGCAAAGCUGUCUGUAGUAUACCAAGCUGUGGAGUAUUAGAAAAAAGAACUGCAGAUACAGGUGGAUUUCCCAUGUGUAGGUCAUUUUUCAUUUGAGAUUACCACUUACUGUACUUGAGAGCAUGAGAGAACAGAGGGGAGAGAGCAGUUGCAGUAGUUAUUAAAUGCCAUCUAUAUCCAGUAAGGGCCAAGUCCUUGAUUCAUCAUUACUAUAGCAUUGCGAAACUCCUUGCGAGUUUUGUUCAAGAGACUAUUUAAAACUUUUGUCUAAAGAGAGAAGGACAUAAGAAAAUAGAACUGUGUGUCCAGGUUUGUUUUUGUGUGUGUGUAUGUUUUGCUUUGUAAAUGUGGCGUACCAACUAAAGCUGUGCUUUUCUAUUAUUGGAAGGAAAGGACUCGAGAUAUGCUGGUCUGUAAGCAGCAAUGGGUAAUAGCUGAAUUUUCACUUACGAAAAUGAUGUAAAUUAGCUUUAUCUUGAUACUCUUGACCUAAUCAAAGGGAAGAUGUACUUAUGAGGGAUGUAAUUAUUUUGCAACCGGGAGGGGGGGAGGGAGGAGGGAGUCUACUUUAAACAUUUUUAAAAAAUGACAAAAUCACAGAUAAAAUAUUUUUCUACAGUUCUGUACAAUCAUACUUUAUACUAGUUUUCUCAGCAUGGCACAUGAGUCUAAGGUACUAUUCCUGGAGGUCAGUGGUAUUGUACCUUAAGCAAGACCAUUACAAUAGCAUCUGUUAGAUGCUUGGCACUGCUGUCAUAAUAGAGUUGAAAUGCUAGUAAAAAAAAUAAAAACGUACUGAAUACUUUAAAUGAUUGUUUUAUUCAGAGUCUGAUCUAGGAAGUGUUCCAAUCAUGUUAUUAAUGUGUAACUAGAACUGUUCCAGAUGUAACUAUGAGCAGUUCUGGAGAGAGAUCAUUGCUUGUACUCCUGUCCAAUGGCAGGUUUUGUAGUCUUCAAAAGAAAUCAAGAUUUCUACUGCGAAUAAACUUUCAAACAUAUUAAGAAA